GAGGAUUCAUUCAGAAACAUGCAGACAUUUCCCCUCGCUACUGUUUUCUUUAAAUUAUAUGUAUAGUCAUGAACGCGCCCGACACAGGAGCAUUUAGAAUUUUUCAACCUUUUUCAGAAAUAAUAAUGGCGGCGUUAGCAAAGGCUCCGUUGCGCUAUGUCGUUUCUCCCAGAGAUUCAAUGAGUAGCAUUCGGAGGCAUAUGAGCAGUGUCCGACCUAUUGAAAAACUUCUCAUUGCCAACAGAGGAGAAAUUGCCUGCAGGGUCAUGAAAACUGCUAAAAAAUUAGGUAUCAAAACCGUGGCAGUUUACAGUGACAGUGACAGGAAUUCAAUGCACGUUGCUUUAGCGGAUGAAGCAAUAAGGAUUGGUCCAGCGGCCUCCCAGGAGAGCUAUCUCAGGAAAGAUAUAAUACUAAAGGUCGCCCAGGAAACAGGUUCAGACGCAAUACAUCCAGGAUAUGGAUUUCUUUCCGAGAAUGUUGAGUUUGCCGAUAUGUGUCAAAACUCAGGAGUUAUAUUUGUCGGACCACCCUCAACAGCCAUCAGAGAUAUGGGGAUAAAAUCCACCUCAAAGAUCAUAAUGACCGCAGCAAACGUUCCUGUUAUUGGGGGAUACCACUCAGAGGAUCAAAGCAUUGAGACCCUUCGGUCCGAAGCGGACAAAAUCGGUUUCCCAGUCAUGAUCAAGGCUGUGCGAGGAGGUGGGGGGAAAGGAAUGAGAAUUGCGAUGACUGCAGAUGUGUUUGACGCCCAACUGGAGUCUGCCAAGAGGGAAGCGAUGAAAUCCUUCGGCGAUGAAGUGAUGCUACUUGAGAAAUUUGUUGUAGAUCCUAGACACGUGGAGGUUCAAGUGUUCGGUGACCAGCACGGAAACUAUGUAUAUCUGUUUGAACGUGACUGCUCUGUCCAGCGGAGGCAUCAGAAGAUUAUUGAAGAGGCUCCAGGACCAGGCAUAUCCUGGGAGGUUCGGAGAAAACUAGGUGAAGCUGCUGUAAGAGCAGCUAAAGCUGUCAAUUAUGUUGGAGCUGGAACAGUUGAGUUUAUUAUGGAUAAAGAUUUCAACUUCUACUUCAUGGAGAUGAAUACAAGACUACAGGUUGAACACCCAGUUACUGAGAUGAUCACAGGAACGGAUCUGGUUGAAUGGCAGCUAAAAGCUGCUGCUGGAGAAAAGCUUCCCGUCACUCAGGAGCAGCUCAACCUAAACGGUUGGAGCUUCGAGGCAAGAAUCUAUGCCGAGGAUCCCAACAAUAGUUUCAUGCCUGGUGCUGGACCUCUUCACUAUCUAGGAACCCCAGCCCCAGAUACUCAUGUUAGAAUAGAAACUGGAGUCAGACAAAACGACGAGGUAUCUGUUCACUACGACCCAAUGAUAGCUAAGCUAGUUGUGUGGGGUCCAGACCGGAACUCAGCUCUACUCAAGCUACGUGCCUGCCUUGCAGAAUUUAAUAUAUCCGGUUUAUCCACCAAUAUUAACUUCCUCAUGGACCUAGCCUCACAUCCAGGGUUUAUUGCUGGAAAUGUUGAUACUGAAUUUAUCCCUCGGCAUUAUGAUCAACUCUUCAAAGAUAGAAUUCCUUCACAUUCAACACUUUGUGAAGCUGUUAUGGCUCUAGUUUUAUCUGAGAAUGUGAAAAAUAUUGCUCAGCAAGAUCCGUUUCUCAGCCAGUGCGGAGCUCGGUUGAACCACUACCUUCUAAGACGUGUUGAACUGAUGUACAAGGAUAAACCCUACACUGCCUCUGUUAUAAGCUUGGGCGGAAACAAGUUCACCGUAUCUGUUGAUGGUGUUGACUACCACGUGACCGGAAAGUUGGUUCCCCGACCUGAUACUAACCAUACAGAGCUUGUCUGUGACAUUCAGGGGAAUAUUAGUAAACAAAGAGUUCUUGUAAACCCAGCAGGGGUCACACUGUUCACAAGGGAUGGAAGUUAUGAGUUUGGUCUCCCUGUUCCUAAAUACCAGACUGCCAACCUCUCAGUAGGAGGACUAGGAGACGCUGUAGCGCCAAUGCCGGGAGUUAUUGAAAAGGUGAUGGUUGAGGCUGGAAGUGCUGUAAAGGCCGGAGAUCCUCUUCUCGUAAUGAUCGCCAUGAAAAUGGAAUAUAUUAUCAAGGCACCUAAGUCCGGAGUCAUCAGUCGAGUAAACAACAAGGUCGGAGACUUUGUCGCCAAGAACAAGGUUCUCGUCGCCUUCCUGGACGAGGAGUAGAUUGUCGUCUUCGUGUCGCAGCAUAUUGGGUUCAUGUCGCAGACUCUUGGAUUCAAAUCAAAAGAGAGAAUAGUUCAAAAUUAGAUUUACGUAUAAGAAAAUAGUUAAAGUAUUUGUUAGAUUUGAUUAUUCUUAGACGCUAGGUGACUAAAAAAAAAUUCUUCCGCUCAUUAAACUUCCAAUUAUAAAAUGAAUUCUCAGCGAAUAUUUUAAGUGACCCUCUAUAAUUACUCUAUAGCUGAACGGUCAAUUGAAUAUAGGACUUCAGUCAGUAUACCCAGCAAAUUCUGAUAAAUACUGCUGACCAUAACGUUUUCUCUAGUCACCCUGUUGGAUAUUAUUAUUUAUGUUAUGGUGCUGUUUUUGUUAUUAUCUAUCUAUAUCAUAUAAUUGUUAUAUUUUAGAUUUAUGAAAUUAAUUUAUUUCAGAAGAAAAAAGAUUAGAAUAGAGCUUUAUUGUAGCUGGUCAAAACAGACUAAACUGGAGAAAAGUGUUAGAUUGUUGAGAGUACUGGGACAGAGAUUAAAUGUAAGAAUGUCAACUGGGUCUCCUGGUGUACUAGUACAACGAAUCAACUACGCUUCUG